GAAAAGAAAAAUAAAGCGUCUCCCGAAAAGACAUUUCGGUGAUCGCUUCCUCCGCAAGCUUCCCCCCCCUUCUCCCGCCAUCUUUCCUCCUCCUAUCUCUCUAUAAACCGAACCCUUGCUCAAAUACCAACAAUCUUUUCUCUCUAUUUCUCGAAUUCUCUGCCCCUUCGUCGUUAGGGAUGCUGGAGCUGCGUCUGGUGCAGGGGAGCCUCCUGAAGAAGGUGCUGGAGGCGAUCAAAGAGCUGGUGACGGACGCCAACUUCGACUGCUCAUCGUCGGGGGUGUCCCUCCAGGCCAUGGACUCGAGCCACGUCGCCCUGGUCGCCCUCCUUCUCCGCUAUGACGGCUUCGAGCACUUCCGCUGCGACCGCAACCGCUCCAUGGGCAUGAACAUCAACAACGUCUCCAAGCUCCUCCGAUGCGCCGCCAACGACGACAUCAUCACGCUUAAGGCCGAUGACGACUCCGACACCAUCACCUUCAUGUUCGAGAGCCCUAAACAAGAUAAGAUUGCAGACUUUGAAAUGAAAUUGAUGGAUAUCCAGAAUGAUCAUCUGGGUAUUCCUGAAGCUGAGUAUCAGGCGAUUGUCAAGAUGCCUUCUCUAGAGUUUGCACGAAUCUGCAAGGAUCUGAGCAGUAUUGGGGACACUGUUGUAAUAUCUGUGACAAAGGAAGGAAUUAAGUUCUCAACCAGAGGUGACAUUGGCAGUGCAAAUAUCGUUUGCCGGCAGAACACUACUGUGGAUAAGCCCGAGGAUUCUACCACCAUAGAAAUGAAGGAACCGGUUUCUCUGACAUUUGCUUUGCGGUAUAUGAACUCAUUUACGAAGGCAACCCCUUUGUCAAGCACCGUAACCAUUAGCAUGUCCUCGGAUCUGCCUGUUGUUGUGGAGUACAAGAUUGCUGAAAUGGGUUACAUCAGAUUUUAUUUGGCCCCCAAAAUUGAAGAUGAUGAUGAAGGGUAUAUAUUGGAGGAGAAAUCAUUUUCCUUUCUCCUUACCCAGUAAUCCUGAGGCUCAAGAAUGGAGGAACAAGCCAUUUCUCAACUAUGAUAAGCUAUGCGUGCUUUAUGGAGCUGAUAAAGUAACUGGUGAGCAAGCUGAGACAGCUUCUGAGAUGAGGGAGAGGUUAAGAAGGGAAGGUAAUAUGAAUACUAUUGAUGAUAUAGAUUACAUGGUAUCAAUAAAUCAAGCAUCGAUUCAUGAGGAUGAUGGAAAUGGUAACGAUGAAAAUUAUGGUGAUAGAACUGGUGACGAUAUACGCAAUGUGAUAGUUCUCCCUUUGACUCUUCUCCCUUUUUGCUUGAUACAUGUUCCCAACGAUAUGAUGUUUCUUCUAAAAAAGCUAUGGGAAAAGCUAAGAUAGAUGAAGUUGAAAUUUUGAGGAAUGGACUCAAGAGUGUUGCAGAUGCUAUUGAAGUAUCAGUAAGAAAAUACCAACUUUUUAUUAAAGAGGAUGAGAUUGCUGCUCUAGUUCUUGAGCUAAGCAUUGAAAAUAGUCUUUUUGACGAAUGCUAUCUCUUUCUUAUAGAUAAUU